CUUGUGUCAAAUUUGUUUACAACCACAGUUAACAGGUAUUGAGUCUUAAAACUUAUUCUACAGUUAUGGAAGGUGGUACUGUAUUAGGCGCGAGAGACAAGCAUAGAAAUAUGGCUGGGAAACCAUUUAUGAGACAGUUAUCCGUAGCUAGCACCGUCUGGACAAUAUAUUUCAUAUCCGGCUUAGGUUUGGGUGCUCCUACUGUCUAUAUGGCACAAAUCAAGAAGGAAAGUAACUCUACUUUUGACACGAGUCCGAACAUCGUCGCGUGGUUAUACUCUGUCUUCGGCUACAGCGCAAUACCAUGGGUCGUCGCAGUCGGAGUGGUGACAGAAAAAUUCGGUAGAAAAAAACCGAUCUUAAUCGGCAGUGUCUUUUUCGUUACAUCGUUCAUCAUUUUCUAUACAAGCAAGAGUUCUAUUCAACUAUUGAUUUACGAAAUAAUGUACAGCAGUGCUUUAGGAUACGGCACGACCAUUUGCAUUUUAAUCGUAACGGAAUACACUUCACCAAAAUAUCGGGGCAUAUUUUUGGCAAUCAAAUCCGCGUCCGGCUUCUGGGGUGUAUGGGUGUCGAACGCAAUAGGAACUUACUGUCAUUGGAGAAAUAUCGCCAUAAUUGGCGUAGUCUGCUCUCUUUAUCCAUUAUCAGCUGUUUUCUGGACCGAAUCUCCCGUCUGGUUGGCUAGUAAAGGUCGAUUCGAUGAUUGUACAGCCUCGCAUCGACAGUUGAAAGGCCAAGACUCGGAAUCGGAGAAAGAACUGGCAAAUUUGAUUGCAUCACAAAAAAAUAAAGCGAAACCUGUCACUUUUAGACGAGCUGUCGUUUUAAAAGAGUUCUACAAACCUAUUCUCUUAUCUAUAUUUAUGAUUUUACAGUACCAUUUUUCUGGAAAAUUCGUCUGUAGUAUUUACGCUUUAGAGGUUAUAAAGAAAAUAACAGCCAGUGAAGAGACAGCGUACAUGGGAAUGUUGAUUUUGGACGGAUUCACUGUGUUCAGUAUGUACGUGGGCUGUGUAUUGUCGAAGUUUUUUAAAAGGAGACAUAUGUAUUUAACUUCGUCGCUUAUGGCCAAUAUAUUUUUAUAUAUCAUCUCUCUAUAUUUGUAUUUGGUUAAAUGCAAUUUUAUUACAGAAAACAAAGUAGUAUCAGUGAUGUUACUGGCCAUUUUGAAUAUAUUUUUAAGCUGUGGUCCUGUCAUAUUUUCGACGUCCAUAUCGGGCGAAAUAUUACCUAUAAGAUUCAAGAUGGCCGGCAUUAUCGUGAACGGAUUGACGUUUAACCUCACACUGUCGACUGUAUUGAAAAUAUCUCCAUACUUAUUCAAGGAAUUUGGUACACACGGUGCGUUUCUGUUUUAUGCUCUGGCUGUUACUAUAUUGACGUAUUUAUUGUACAAAUACAUGCCGGAGACGAAGGACAAGACGUUGCAGGAAAUCGAGAUGUAUUUCAAAGAUGUAAAAACCGAUGAGUCGACAAGAUUGAUGAAUAAAUAAUUAUGGAACGGUUGUUA